GAGCGUCAGAAGCAGCUGGAAAGCCUUGGCAUUUCCCUUCAGUCUUCAGGAAUAAAGGUUGGGGAUAACAAGUGCUUCCUGGUUAAUCUGAAUGCAGACCCAGCUCUCAAUGAACUUCUGGUGUACUAUUUAAAGGAGCACACAUUAAUAGGAUCAGACAACUCUCAAGAUAUCCAGCUAUGUGGAAUGGGAAUUCUUCCUGAACAUUGCAUUAUAGACAUCACUCCAGAAGGACAGGUGAUGUUAACACCUCAGAAGAACACGAGGACAUUUGUAAAUGGGUCUGCUGUUACGGGUCCUGUCCAGCUACAUCAUGGAGACAGAAUACUAUGGGGAAACAACCACUUCUUCAGGCUGAACUUGCCAAAGAAGAAAAAGAAGGCAGAACAGGAAGAUGAAGAGCGAGACAACUCUAUGAAGUGCAGCAACAGCAUCGAGCAGCUGGACAUAGAUGGGGACAAUUCCAGUGAAGUGUCCAGUGAGAUUAACUUCAGCUAUGAGUAUGCCCAAAUGGAAGUCACUAUGAAGGCGCUUGGUAGCAAUGAUCCAAUGCAGUCUAUCCUGCAAAGCCUGGAGCAGCAGCACGAGGAGGAGAAGAGAUCCGCGCUGGAACGGCAGAGGCUGAUGUACGAGCAUGAGCUGGAGCAGCUGAGGAGGCGACUGUCCCCCGAGAAGCAGCAUUUCCGCAGCAUGGACAGGUUCUCCUUCCACUCCCCCAGUGCUCAGCAGCGCCUACGGCAGUGGGCAGAAGAGAGAGAGGAAAUGUUGACCCACAGCCUGAGGAAGCUGCGAGAGCAGAUUGUUAAAGCCAAUUUAUAUGUGAGAGAAGCCAAUUUCAUUGGAGAGGAAUUAGACAAGAGGACAGAGUAUAAAGUCACACUCCAGAUCCCAGCUUCAAGCCUUAAUGCUAACAGUAAGAGAGGUGCAAUUCUCAGCGAGCCUGCUAUUCAGGUGAGAAGAAAAGGGAAAGGCAAACAGAUUUGGUCACUGGAAAAACUGGAAAAUCGACUGGUAGAUAUGAGGGAUCUCUACCAAGAGUGGAAAGACUGUGAGGAAGACAACCCAGUGAUGAGAGCGUACUUCAGGCGAGCUGAUCCGUUCUAUGAUGAACACGAAAACCACAGCCUUAUUGGAGUAGCCAAUGUUUUUCUUGAGUGCCUCUUCUAUGAUGUGAAGCUACAGUAUGCCGUUCCCAUCAUCAAUCAGAAGGGAGAGGUGUCUGGUCGUCUCCAUGUUGAAGUUGUUCGUGUGAGUGGGGAGAUAGAGGACAGGCUGGUAGGAGGUGAGGAUAGUCCAGAAUCUUCACCCGAAAAUGACAUUCAGGAGAGAAAACUCGUCUGCAUGAUUAAAAUACUUCAAGCCACAGGCUUACCACAACACCUCUCCAACUUUGUGUUCUGCAAAUACACGUUCUGGGAUCAGCUGGAGCCAGUUAAUGUUGCCCCUGAGGUGUAUCCUUCCUUAUCUCCCAGCAGCAAGGAGCCACGGUGCAUGGUUGUCUUCGAUCACUGCAGUGAAUUUUCUGUAAGUAUUUCUGAAGACUUCAUGGAGCAUCUUUAUGAUGGUGCUUUGGCAAUUGAGGUUUACGGGCACAAGCAGAGUGGCGAUCGCAGGAAUCCAGCCCUGUGGGAUUUGGGAAUAAUUCAAGCCAAAACACGAAGUCUUCGUGACAGGUGGAGCGAAGUAACCCGAAAACUAGAGCUCUGGGUUCAAAUUCUAGAGCUGAACGAGAACGGGGAAUACUGCCCAGUGGAGGUGACUCCUGCCAAGGACGUCAGCACCGGAGGCAUCUUUCAGCUCAGACAGGGGCAGUCUCGACGAGUUCAGGUCGAAGUGAGAUCCGUUCAGGAAUCUGGGACCUUGCCACUAAUGGAGGAAUCCAUAUUGUCCAUCGGCAUCGGCUGUGUUCAAAUAAAGCAUGUUAAGCCACAAAAAAUACAUGAAAGUUAUCAGGAGGAAGAGGAUGACAUGGACAGUUAUCAGGAUAGGGAUUUGGAGAGGCUGCGUCGGAAGUGGCUGUGUGCCUUAACGAAGCGCCAGGAAUAUCUCGAUCAGCAAUUGCAAAAACUUGUUGGGAAACCUGAUAAAACAGAAGAUGAUGCGGAUCGGGAGGCACAGCUUUUAGAGAUGAGGCUGACCCUUACUGAAGAACGAAAUGCUGUCAUGGUCCCUUCUGCUGGCAGUGGCAUCCCUGGAGCUCCAGCAGAGUGGACUCCGGUGCCUGGUAUGGAAACUCACAUUCCUGUUAUUUUCCUUGACUUGAAUGCUGAUGACUUCAGCUCCCAAGAUAACCUCGACGACCCAGAAGCAGGUGGCUGGGAUGCUACUCUCGUUGCAGAAGAAGAGGAGGAAUUUUUUGAGCUGCAGAUUGUGAAGCAUCAUGAUAGUGAGGUGAAAGCAGAAGCCUCCUGGGACUCCACAGUCCACGACUGUAUCCAGCUCAGCAGAGGCACAGCAGCAGAUGAGAGGGUUUACCUGAUCGUGAGAGCCACCGUCCAGCUCAGCCACCCUGCAGAGAUGCAGCUAGUGCUCCGCAAACGCAUCUGCGUUAACGUGUACGGCAGACAGGGCUUUGCACAGAGUUUCCUCAGGAGAAUGUCCCACCGAAGCUCAAUUCCUGGCUGUGGUGUCACCUUUGAGAUAGUCUCAAAUAUUCCAGAGGAUGCCCAAGGAGCUGAGGAGCGGGAAGCACUAGCCCGGAUGGCAGCCAACGUGGAAGACGCCGCCUCGGCCGACUCGGAAGCCUAUAUUGAGAAGUACCUGCGGAGCGUCCUGGCCGUGGAGAACAUCCUCACCCUGGAUCGGCUGCGCCAGGAAGUUGCUGUAAAGGAGCAGCUAAUGGGAAAAGGAAAACUCUGCAGGAGGAGCCUGAGCUCUCCCAAUGUGAACCGGCUUUCCGGAAGCCGCCAAGAUUUAGCUCCCCCCUACAACUUGCUCAGUAACCGGGGUCGAUGGGAGAGCCAGCAGGAUAUAUCCCAAGGUGCCGCCAAUUCCAACAGAGGAAUUAGCCCAUCUCGGAGCUCUCUGCCAGGUUCUGUGCAACAGAACCACUCUCCUGAUCCAGCUGGACUUGGUAGCCUUGCUGCUUCCUACCUGAAUCCUGUCAAAUCCUUUGUGCCUCAGAUGCCAAAGCUCCUGAAGUCUCUCUUUCCUGUCCGAGAUGAGAAGAAGGGCAGGCAGACCUCUCCUCUUGCACAGCAGCCUGUCCCGCGAAUUAUGGUUCAGUCUGCCAGUAUUGAUGCCAGUGCUACGAGGAUAAAACAGACUAACCCCAGGGAAGCGGGGAAGCAGCCGUUCGAAAUGGCCGUGCAGACGGCGGAGGCGGAGAAGCCUCCGGAGAAGACGCCCCAAGUGCCUUCGCAGCAGCCGCCCGCAGACGCCCAGGAGUCGCAGGAAGGGCCCCCGAGCCCUCUGAGCGAAGCCUCGAGCGGCUACUUCUCCCACGCUGUGAAAUCCAAGCAUUUGGUUUCUCCCGUGGCUCCGGGAGAGCCGGUGAAUGAUGCCACGGGAGCCUCCGAAGCAAAACCUUUUCUUCCUACCUCCGCUCCAAAGGAGGAGUUGCCACGCAGGCAGCCAGUGGAGCCGGCAGGACAAGCCCCUGGGAAAGCAGAAACCGCCUCAGAACUGGGGGUUCCCAAACCACAGCUUCAUCCCGACCCGUUGUCCCAACCCAGCGUUGCAGCCUCCCCCUUCAAAAUCCAGAAAAUCAAGACGUCCGAGCUCAAGUCCUUCUCCAGCAUGUUGGGGCCCGAUGCGACGUGUCCCCUGAGCGCCCAAGAGCUGCAGGAAGGGGACAGGAGCUCCCCCUCCGCACGAGGACUGGGCCACAACGGAGCAGAGGAGGCAGACGAGAAACUGGAAGUGGCUUCUGACUCCGAAGAUGCCAAUGAAAUUCCCGAGUGGCUGAAAGAGGGAGAAUAUGUCACAGUCGGCGCAAAUAAGACGGGCAUCGUUAGAUACGUUGGUCCCACAGACUUUCAAGAGGGAACAUGGGUCGGCGUGGAGCUGGAUUUACCUUCAGGCAAGAACGACGGCUCCAUCGGGGGCAAGCAGUAUUUCAGGUGCAACCCCGGCUACGGGCUGCUCGUGAAGCCGGGCAGGGUGAAGAAGGCGCCGGGGCCGGCGAGGCGCCGCAGCGCUGGGUUGCGGCUCCAGGGAGACGCCAGGAGGGGCGGCGGCAGCUUCUCCGCCUCGGCCUCCAACCUGGCCUCGCUCACGGCCCUGGCCAAGGCGGAAGGAGGCUCCGUGCGAGCGGAGAAGGGCCAGAGAAACGCGGAGAACCGCAAAUCCUGGGCGAACUGA